AUGCAAAGAAGGGCAAAUUCGGUUACGGAAGGAACAACAACCGAGCAAAAAAGGAAAUUCAAGCUUCCGAAACUUGAAUUGAGGAAAUUUAGUGGAGAACCGAAAGACUUUCUUGCUUUUUGGUCCCAGUUUGAAAAAAUUCACAACGACCUCUCCAUUGUCGAUGAAGAUAAAUUUCAAUAUCUUUUACAAUGUGUGGUAGCAGAUUCUAAAGCGUCAAGACUCGUAACAAGUUUUCCGCCAACUAAAGAAAACUAUUCAAAGGUGAUCGCACAACUUAAAGAACGCUUCGGGAGAGAUGAACUUUUGGUUCAGAUUUAUGUACGGGAUCUACUUUCCAUAGUAAUGAAAAAUGCUACUGGUAGGAUUAAAGUAGAUUUAGCUGAACUUUAUGAUUUACUUGAGAGCAAGCUUAUGGCACUGGACAGCCUCGGUAGAACUAAGGAAAAAUUUGCAGAAUUUUUAGAGCCACUUGUUGAGUCCUGUUUACCAGAGACUGUUCUUCGUGCGUGGGAAAGAAGCCGCUCGAUGGAAGAUACUGCGUCACAGCAAGAUAGUGCGCGUUCGUUGGAUAAACUUUUGUGCUUUCUUCGAAACGAAGUGCAAAGUGAGGAAAUGAUUAAGCUCGCUCGUACCGGGUUGGGAGCUUCACGUUCUGCACAUUCGCGUCCCCAUUGUGAUGAUCCGGGUUGCUCUACAGCUGCUGCCUUGGUAAAUGUUCAAGACAAUACAGUGAUGAGCAUUCAGAUUUUAAUGAUUCUUCAAAUGACUCUAGUAACAUCCUGCAAGGUGCUAAAGUGUCAAGAUUUGGACAUGUGAUCAAGGUGCCUCAGAAAUUGGAUCUCUUCGACCAGGUACUGUAUGUCUUUGAGCCAACCUGAAGUCGACUCAAAGAGGGGGAGAAUGUUGGAGACGGCCGCUGCAGACAGACGAUUACAUAACGGCUCGGCGAAGGUCAACAGAAGGAGCGCUGCAUCUGAUUGGACUAUUUUUUAUUAUUCUUAUUUUUUCUUUAAUUGAGAACUAAGCGGGAAAAUUCCCUUUUCACUCAGUUAUAUGUAUGCACUAGUUAAAGUAA